ACUUUAUGUGACUAAUUUUUCAGCAUGGUUGAAAUUGUAUUAUCGUCAUCGAACGUUAUGGAUACAAUUGAAACAACCAUCUGCAGCGGCACAUUUGCGGUAGCGCACUGUGUGUCUGAAGACAUGCAGAUGGGGAAGGGCCUUGCGGUGAGCUUUAAACUGAAGUAUGGUCAUAUUGGGGCGCUGUUAGACCAAAACGUAAGUGUUGGUGGUAUAGCAGAACAAAAAAUUGUCAAUAACCACGCAAGAGAAGUAUACAUUUUUUACUUAGUCACCAAAAUGUUUUACUACCAAAAACCAUCGAUUCAGUCAUUGGCCUCUACAUUAACCCAGUUAAGGGAUAAGUUAACAGAUUUGUCAAUCGAUUUGUUAAUUAUCCCAAAACUGGGCUGCUGUUCAGACGGCCUUAACUGGUACGAAGUGAGCAAUCUCCUUCGUACCACAUUUUCAGGGGGAAACAUGCGGUUAAAGGUGAUUGUUUGCGACCCCGAAAACUUUCAGAUGCCCCUUCAUCAAAUCGCGUCAUUGUCGGAAUUAAAAAUAGAGUUUUUGGAGUGCGGUGCUCCAGGAACUCUAUUAAUUCUGCCAAUAGAAAUUACCAAUGCCAGCGAAAAUUCCACUUUCCAAAAGUGCUUAGAACAUUUUAAGCUAUCGCAAAGGUAA